AUGGCUGCGGCUCGCAAAGCUGCCCUUGAAGCAAAGCUGCAGCAGAUUCAGGAGCUCUUGAAGGGGGCGCCGGCAACCCCAGUGGAGACUGCCUUUCCAUGCGCAACUGGUCCCUCCGACCAGUGCUUGGUCAAGUUUUCCGAUCGAGAGAUAAAAGUCGUGAUAGGCACGUCGGAGCACAUUCAGCAGCCGCUUGUGGACCAGAUUUGUCACAUCGUGGAUGCGGCCUACUCGAAGGUGGGAAAGCACAAGCGAGUGGAUAGAUACGAUGCCGUAGAUCGCUUGGAGAUGGGCGAUGCCGGCCCGCAAGCGAAUCGUGUUUUGCACCUCGCGUUCCUGGGCGAAGUUCUGGUGGGAUGCGCCAGCUCUACCUUUAGUCCUGGCUGGACACCCGAGGGCUGCGGACAUUGGGGGCUGCUCGCAGUUCAUCCAGAUUAUCAGAACUCGAAAGUGGCCACGGCACUUGUCAUUGCGGCAGAGCGCCGGUUGGCAACGAUUUCAGCUGCUGUCCAGAUUGAGUAUCAGUACACAGAAGGCGAGGACUUCUCCACGAGGCUGCGCGAGUGGUAUGAGGGAAAGCUUGGCUUUACCGGAGAUAGCCACCCUCUGAAGCCUGGGCAGACGGUCUUCCGCCGUUGCCGAAAGCGCAUCCCGAAGAUGGAGCAGGAGAAAGGCCAUUACCGUCGCUUGCAGGAGAUAGAGACGUGGCUUGAGACUCAAAUUGCAGCCCUGGAGCCGGAGGAGAGCAGCGAGUCAGAGGAGACGUCUGAGGUGGUGGAGAAGCUUGCGGCCAUUGCUUCUGUGCAAGCGAAGACAGAGCAGGUUCCUGACACGGAGGACAUGGAUGAGGAAAACCUGGGCGUCCUGAAGAUGCUUGGUGGUGGAGGUGUUCGGCCAAGCCACUUCUCUUCGGAGGGCAGCUGUGCUUCGGACAAAGGCAAGACCCGUGGCAUAUAUGUGAGGCCAACGCCACUUCUCAACUUUGAGACCAACGGCGUGGAUGAAGACACCUUCAAUAGCCUGGGCUUCAAUGUGUUUGACCUCACUGCCGACCAGCUGAACAAGCUUGCGUUCCACAUAAUCAUUUCCCACAGCUCGGGUGCAGUUAUUUGUCAUGAUGGGUUUGAUGAAGCUUUGAUCCAGAACUUUGUGUCAGCCGUGCAGAAGGGCUACCCGGACAACCCAUUUCACAAUUUCGGCCAUGCUGUUGAUGUUCAAGCCGGCAUUGUCAAAACAAUGAAGCUGAUGGAAGCAGAGACAUUCUUAAGCAAUCUGGAGCAGUUCUCUUUACUGGUUGCUGGCUUGGGGCAUGACAUUGGUCAUCCUGGCCUGAACAAUGCCUUCUUGUCAGAGGUGGGUCACGAGCUGGCGAUCAAGUAUAACGACAGAUCACCUUUGGAGAAUAUGCACUGUGCAAACCUCUACCAGCUGUUGGGCAAGCCAGAGACAAAGCUCUUUGCCUCCCUGAGCCCGGAGGAUUACAAGGAGGUGCGCAGAAUAUGUGUGGAGGUCAUCCUUCACACAGAUAUGAUGUGCCAUCAAAGCAUGGUGAAAGAUUUGAACUUGCUGUACCAGAUGAACUCAGAGGUGCUGCGGCCUGGCCUUUCCACACGCGCCACUGUCCGAAAAUCUACGGGGAAGCGCAAAACUACAGUGGAUGGCAUUAUCUCGGAGCCCUCGCAGGUGUUCGGCGCGCCUGAAAACAAGAUGCUCGUGAUGGAGACGAUCCUCCACUCAGCGGAUGUGUCAAAUCCUGCUCGCGAAUGGGCAAUUACAAAAGACUGGGCGGACAAAUGUUUGAUCGAAUUCUUCGCGCAGGGCGACCAGGAGAAAGAAAGAGGCAUCCCCGUACAGUUCCUGAAUGACAGAGACAAGUUAAACCGCCCAAACUCCCAGAUUGGCUUUAUCGAGUUCAUGAUCGCUCCUUUCUUCGCGGCGCAGAUUUGGCUGUGGCCGCUGCUGUUUGAGUAUGGUGAUUGCCUCUCAGCCAACAUUGGCAUGUGGGAGGAACUUUGGGAAGAAGAGACUUCCCCCUCGGAGGAGGACUUGGACAAGGUGGUGGAGCUGCUGCAGGCGGCAACAUCUGAGCGGGAUGUCACCCAGCGCGUGAAGCUUCUCCUGCAGUCGCAAGAUGUGCUGCUAAAGGCCGACACUGCUCCGGAGACCGUAGCAACAUGCCUAGAAUUCUUCUUGAAUCUUCAAGCUGAUCCAACGGUGCCUAUCCGGCGAUUUGCCGCUCACUUUUUGGAGAGACUGCUGCUCUGCAAGCCCAGUCUCUCUUUGCGCUGCUCCGUGGCCAUAGCUGCACUUCUUGCGGACACUGAUAUCCUUGUCCAGAAUCUAGCUCUGAAAGCUGCGACUGUUCAUCAUGGGAGGGCUUUACAUGCCUUGUGCAAGGAGCAAGAUGCUUCCGAGUGCCAGCGUUUGGCUGAACAGCUGCGGCGCUUGCAGGAGAAGGCUCGCAUCCUGCUGUACUCAGACGAUUCAAUUCUCGUGGCAACGGCUACCCGCUGGGCACAGGUUGUUAUCGUAUCACAAACUGCAUCGCCGGUGUUGCUUCAUGCACGAGUACCUGCUAAGUUGCGGGGUGUGAGCUGUAUUCAAGAUCUACCAUUACAAAAUUUACAAAACAGACUUGGAGCGGCAGCUGUGACAUUAGAUCCAACAUCUCUUCAACAACAAGCAGAGCAGUUCUUCGAGCUUCUUUUGCAGCUGUUGCAGCAGGCAAUCACGGGGUUCGAUGCGGGAAAGGCGAAGAUCCCUCCUCUCCUUUCUGCGGUGGGUUCCGUGGCACGUCAACGUCCAGCCAUGUUGGCUUCUGCCUUUGACAUCUUCAAGAAGAUCCUACAGCAAAGAGACGCUCUGGGGGAUGGAUGGGAGGAGGUGCGGCAGCUGGUGACAGACGAGGUGCAGCUGUUGCUUGCCUCUGGCCUAACCUCAGAAUGGCACCCCGAGCUGACGGAGCUGUUGGUAUCCUCGCUGCCGCGCAAGGGCUCUUUGGAGGACUUGGCUACACAAGCCAAGUACAAACAGAUUUGUGCAGCGGCAGAUCGAGAGGGUGACGGACCUUUGGCGCGGGCCAAGAAACGUGCUCGGAAGGCAGAUCCAAAACAUGUGUGGACAUCUCAGCACUGUGGUGAAGGGCUAUCAUCAGAAGAUGCCGUGUUAGAUGCAGAUGCCAUCUUGUCUCGGGAGUCUGAGACAACCUGUAGAAGGUUCGAAGAUUACUUCGGUUUGCCCAGUCAGUGGGAACCAGCUGGGCAUGUGCCGGGACCUGCAUUGCUUGCGACUCGAAUCAGCAGCCAGGCUGAGCUUGCACGCAUAGCUUUGACAUCAUUGAGCUCCUUGUCUGUGCAGCGCAGCUUGCAUCGCGAUCGAGCACAUGAAUCGGCAGUGGCUUUCUCUGACGUCGGCCACACCAAUGGAACGAAAGAGCCAGAAGCACUUGAGCAGCUUACCUUCCUGACAGAGGGCAAGAAGGUCACCCCGGCGCCUUCGCUGCCUGAAGAGACAGCACGAGAUCCUAGGGCAGCGCUGGAGGCUAUUCCACAGCCCAGCCUUGAUGACGAGCUGCUCCUACCGGUAGAGAUUAGCAAGCUUCAACUUCCCCAGGAGCUUCGAGCCAAAGAUGCCCUACAGCUCAAAUUGUUCGAGGAGGUCUUAGAGAGCUGGCGAAGACGAAUGGACACCUCGCUAUUGAAGCACAGCCUGUUACCUUCUCAAUUAGCAUCGUACGAGCAGAUGAGCCGGCAGGUGGCACUUCAUUUGGCUGCAGGGUCCAGGACUGCAGCACAUCCUGAAUUACAGCGAUCUAUGUGUCAAGCGUACGUCCUGCGGACCUUCGAUUCAUUGAAGGCCUUGCUGCAGGCUGGCAACAAGGCCACGAGUGCUAUGGAGCAAUUGGUGGAGCUCUUCUAUGCCAAGUUUGCAACGGAUGUUGCCCGCCAGGAGUUGCCGGGAUCUGUUGCCCUCCACGAACUCUUGGAGGGAACAGCAUCUUCGCGGCGCCUGACAGCUUCAAACUUCACUUAUGCGGAGCUCUUCGAUAUGUGCUUGGCUGAGUUCGAGAAACGCGACAUACCUAGGCGGGAGCUACGAGGCUUCUUGGGCGACCUCCCCGCCAUUCCUUCGUCGGCAUUUCGGGCACUUGAGGCACAGUGCCAACUGGCUGGAGCAAGAAAGAUGGCACUACUGACAAUCCUCGCGUUGAUCGAAGGCAAACCUGCUUGCCGCUGGCGGGGCUUGAGCCUUCUUUUCAAGCUAGCCUUCUCUGCCGGCGAGGACAGCGUGCGCUUCGACACAAUCCGUUUGAUCAUCAACAAGAUUUAUGCUGGCCCAAAAAAACCUAUGCGAUGGCAAUUACCUCAUCUCUCCGACGCGGAAGCCGUUGAAGAGGACGGAACAAGCUGGGAUCUGCCAGACCCAGACUUCCUUCCACUUCAAAGGCUUCGCGGCCGGUGCGUCGAAGACAUGGCGACAAUCAUGCUUCGAUCUGUGGCCUGUGAGAACGCCCAGUUUCAACACCAGAUUGGAUUUCCGCCAAGACUUGAACACUUACGUACUGAGCUCUUCAAAGGUGCGAUUUGUGCACCCAAAGACCGGGUUUGGCUUUACUUGGCUCUUUGCAUCAAGAGGCCCAUCUUGCUGCACGGCCUGGUUGAAACAUUCAUCCAAUGCGAUACAGAGAUGAAGGAGCACCUCAUAAACUCCAUUGAAGAGGCAAUCAAGUACAUUCCAGUUACGGAGCAGGAGCUGCUCGUUCUCGUGCAGAAGGCAUCCCCUGAGACCGAGGCGUUGGUUUUGAAGGUUCUGAACAUUCUGAUGACGAGCCGUGGAAAUGAACCUCUGCAUCCGGGCUUUGGCGAGGCUGUUAUCCGGCUGUACAAGGAAACGAACAAUCCCCGCUUGCUUGUGCCGGUCUUCGACUUGCUGGAUCGCAACAGUUUGUUGGACUUCUUGCCAGCUGUCCUGCAACUGGAGUCGGAACGGGUGGCUGAUGCGUUCCGCCUGACCAUUGGAGCUCGGGCACCGCCACUCAGUGUGACUGAACUGCUGAUGGAAUUGCACCACGUCAAUAGCCCUGGUGAAAACAUAGUUCCAAUCAAAUCAUCGAUGCAAGCUCUCAAUAUUGUGUUUGGUAUGCGGGAUCAGUUUGACGCAAAGGUGUAUGGCAUUGUCAUUCAGUCAUUGGUGGAAGAACCUGGCCCACUUCCCACGCUCUUCAUGCGCACAGUGAUCCAAGUGGUCAAGGAGCUACCACGACUUUCGGAUUUCAUCGUCAUGGAGAUCCUUCCCAGACUUGUCCGGCAAGAAGUCUGGGGAGAUGAAAACAUGUGGCGAGGCUUCAUGAUCGUUCUGCAGCACACAUUCGCCAGCCAGCCGAGCGGUGCAGCCCGAGUUCUCGCAAUGCUGCCUAUAUCACAGCUGGAGGACGUUCUUGUGCAGCAUCCGGAUUGGAAAGCCCAGCUGCGAGAGUUUGUUGCAAGACAACCUCCUGGCACCGUUAUGCCGCAUGUGAAGCAGCUCUUGGAGUGGAUCCUGCUGCAGCAGUCUAGUCAUGAAGCCCACAAAAAGGUUUGCAUUGACGAGCAGCUGAGUGUCGCCGGAAGCGCAGGCGUUUCAGCCUUUAGCACCUUUCAGCCUGAUGACAGGUUGACGCCCAUGCUGCCCGGGCUGAACUCUAAGGUUAAGAAAGGGGCAGUUCAUGAUGGAAACAGCACAGCCACCUCUACGAUGAGCUGGGAAGAAAGGAGUGCAAAAGUGUCGUGCUCAAGCAAUGGCUUCGGGCGCAAGGACUUGCUUGACGUGAUGCUCACACGCGGCUGGUCUGAAACCUGCCAGGCGCCUUCUCCGGCUUACCAUCCAGCAAGCUCUGCUGUCUCAGCCUUUGCUGCUGGUGAGAACAUGGUCGGACACAUGACAAGGAUGCAUGCUGUCAUGAAUCAGGUUCUGGCGCAAGAGCGCGCGAGGCAUUCGUCAGAGAUCUCUUUGCUCCUUCGAAGGAUUGAGAAGGAGACUUGA